AUGGAUCAACUGACUCAAUUUCUCGUGGAGAAUCCUCAUAUUCACUAUGCAACUGCUCAUUCGUCCGACUUUGAGACGCUGCGCGCGGGCUUCAUUAUCAAUGAAACCAAAACCCCAGCAGUAGUCGUUCGCCCGCGAUCCGCUGAGGACGUCGCGGCGCUGAUAGCUCUCCUGAGCAAGAGCAGCUUGCCGUUCACCGUUCGCGUGGGCGGACAUGAUAUGUUCGGCCGGUCGCAGGUGGCAGACGGGGUGACCAUCGACCUGAGGGAGAUUGCCCACAUUCAUGUCGAUACCGAGUCGCAGACCGCACGGCUAGGCGGCGGGGUGAUCUGCAUGGAUAUGCUGACAGAACUGCAGAAGCACAACAUGACGACACCGCAUGCUGUGACUCCGUCCGUCGGUCAAGUUGGCUGGGCCUCCUUCGGCGGCUACGGCAUGCUGAGUUCCAAAUACGGGCUUGGCGUGGACCAGAUCGUGGGGGCCACGGUGGUCGAUGCGGAGGGGAUCAUUCGCGAGGCGGAUGAGACCAUGCUGACGGGGAUCCGCGGAGGCGGAGGCUCCCUGGGCGUGAUUGUGGAACUCACCAUCAAGGUGUAUCCGCAGGACCAGAUCCUGGCCGGAGCGAUUUUUUUUCACCCUAACGACCUUUCCAAGGAGAUUAUUCAGUUCAAUGCGGAGUGGUCCAAAGCCAAGGCAGGCGGCAUUCCGUCGUCGCUGCAUCUAUAUCAAUCCAUUAUGAAGGGCCCCGGGGGCAAAGCACUCGCGCUCUUCUUCAUGUGGGCAUCCUCGGACCUGGAAGAGGGCCAGAGAUGGCUGUCGAAGGUUUCGUCGUGGUUGCCCGUGGCCAUGAGUACGGUUGGGCCGACCACCAAUAAGGACUUUGCGGUGAUGUUGAACGCGGUGAUCCAGACACAUAUUUACGGAACCGUGUUUACGCUGAACUUGUACGAUUUGACCCCGGAGGUUUUGGAAAUUAUUGGCCUUUAUGCACAAAAGCAGCCCAAUAGUCCGCACAUGUUAUUUGGAUUCCAUGAACUUCGCCCCGAUGCCCCGAGAGACCCAACUAUGGACACCGUUUUUGAUGCUCGCUGCGCACACUUUGUGAUCGAAAUUGUUCCAAUGGCUUCAUCGUUAGAAGUCCUCGCGGAGGGCCUUGUGUGGGGCCAGGAGUUUUACAAUGCGCUGCGCAAAACGAAUCCCGCGAAUAUCUUACCCUCAACUUAUCUUUCAUUAACUCCGACCAAGGACAUUGACAUGAAAGGUAUCUAUGGAAGUCGAUAUGAGACCUUGAAACGGAUCAAAGAGCAAUACGAUCCGCAGAACGUCUUCAAGCAAGCUCUUCCGCGAUUUUGA